AUGAGACUUGAUGAGGGUGUGAUCCGAGAGCUUCACUGGCACAAAGAGGCUGAAUGGGCGUAUGUUCUCGAUGGCGAAGUUCGAGUGACCGCGCUUGAUUACGAGGGCGGGAACUUCAUUGAUGACUUGAAGAAGGGUGAUAUUUGGUAUUUCCCUAGCGGCGUGCCUCACUCCCUACAAGGCUUAAGCCCCAAUGGAACGGAAUUCCUUCUCAUCUUUGAUGACGGACGAUUCUCCGAGGAAUCGACCUUUAUCCUGACGGAUUGGCUUGCACAUACCCCCAAAUCUGUGCUAUCCAAAAACUUCAACCUGGACCCCAGGGUGUUCGCCCAUAUUCCCGACGGCGAGAAAUACAUAUUCCAGGGCUCCAAGCCAGGCUCUAUAGAUGAUGAGGCUCCCCGCGGCAAGCAGGCGAAGAAGUCCAAGUAUCAAUUCACCCACCGAAUGCUCGACCAAGAGCCUAUCAAGAGCAGCAACGGCGGAGGAGAAGUCCGAAUCACCGACUCCAAUAACUUCCCCGUCUCCAAGACUGUCUCAGCCGCACAUGCGAUCAUCGAGCCUGGCGCUAUCCGGGAAAUGCACUGGCAUCCGAAUGCCGAUGAAUGGUCAUUCUUCAUCAAGGGCCGUGCCCGAGUGACCAUCUUUGCUGCCGAGGGAACCGCUCGUACAUUUGACUAUCUUCCCGGCGAUGUUGGCAUUGUGCCUCGCAACAUGGGCCAUUUCGUCGAGAAUAUCGGUGAUGAACCUGUUGAGAUGCUGGAGGUUUUCCGCGCCGACGAGUUCCGAGAUAUUUCCUUGUUCCAGUGGAUGGGCGAGACUCCCCAGCGACAUGUUGCGGAUACUCUCUUUGCUGAUGAUCCUGAAAAUGCGAAGAAAUUCCUGGAACGAAUUCAAAACCAUGAACAUAACGUUGUUACCAAGCCCGACUUUGUUCGUGAAGGUGGCCGAUCGGGUAUGGAACUAUAA